AUGAAAUCGAAGAAUAAGAAAAGAUCGUCAGGUACGAAGGUAGUUCUUAAACCACAAGUUUCUCACCAAGGUGUAAUUUUUAGGGAACUUCUUGCUACUGUUUCUCCUUCAACAAAGAAAAGGAUGGCAGCAGAUAUGGCUAAACAUAUUUCUCAGAAGAAGAGGCGAAAGUUGAUCAUUUCUUCUGAUUCCACAGCUGAUGAUACCGAAGUUAUUCCUGAGACUCCUGAAGCCACUCUCAUUCUUGAUUCUUCUAAAGCUGAUGCUUUAAUGACACAACCACCUGAAGUUUCGUUAGCCAAGACAGUUUCUGUGGAGGCUCGAACUUCAGUCAUCACUGUAAACAUAUCUGAUAUGGGUACAAAUGUCAUCAUGGGUGUGGAUAAUACGAAGACUGCAGAUCACGGUAUCACUUCAACUCAGGUUUCAGAUUCCUUCACUUCUUUACCUCCACAGAUUACUCCCAUUGUUCCAAUCACCUCUACCACUGAUUCACCCACUUUCCAACACGGUCAUAAGCAAAGUGUCGGGUAUGCUAAGGGAUUCUGA